GUGAUCAGUUGCGUGUUGGCGUUCCUGUCCAACGGGUGUGUUUUCUUUUUUCGCUCGCGUUCGCGAACCCGCUGCAAGAAAGGUCCUUGCGCCAAGCAGGACUAUAUGUAGUUAAAUUGGAUUUUGGUUGUGAAUUUAAUUUUAUCUAAAUACAUACAUAUGUGCGCAUAUAUAUAUAUACAUUUGUGAAUGCACAUUUGCAUAUUUUCGUUUACUGUUACUGUUAAACACUAAUACGCUAAAGCGUUUAAGGAUUUUUUCAAAGUGCUAAAAAUAUAUAGAUAUCCUUGAAAGCAAGUCUAAAUAUAUGUGUAUGUGUAUAACUAAUGGAUUGUAAAGCAGUUGGAUUAUAAAACAAACACACACACACACACACACACACACACACGUACAUUGAAUGCAGUGAAAGUUAUUGGAAUAUAUUUUGUAUGCAAAAACAAGACGAAACUUUUAUGUGGAAAAUUAUUUUAAAAAUUAUUUUCAAUUUCACUUUAUUUUAAAUCUACAUACAUAAAGUUCAACUGAGCAAAGACGUUCGUUCACAAAUCUCAGUUAAUUAAACAACAAUCAACAAAAUGGAUUUAUCGAGGCGGUUGCGUUCAACGGCCUUGAUAUUAUUCAUCCUGCUCUUCUGUGUUCAAUCCUCACACUCCAGAUUUUAUGGAACGCGACAGAAAAGACAAUAUGGCGCUAAUAUGUACUUACCAGCGAGUUACAUUGUGCCCGGCGGCGAGGGUGAUGACGCUGAUGAAUGGACUGACUGGAGCUCACCAUCAGAGUGUUCACGCUCAUGCGGUGGCGGCGUAUCAUUUCAAACGCGCGACUGUCGAAGACUUGCACCCAAUGGGGCGCCGCUUUGUACGGGUGGCAAUCGCAAGUACUUCUCCUGCAAUACCCAAGACUGCCCCGAAGAGGAGCCCGACUUUAGAUCGCAGCAAUGUGCGCGCUUCAAUCGUGUACCCUUCGAUGGCGUGACCUAUGAAUGGGUGCCAUACACGAACGCACCCAAUCCAUGCGAGCUGAAUUGUAUGCCGGUGGGCGAGCGUUUCUACUAUCGCCAGAAGGCGAAGGUCAUCGAUGGUACACGCUGCAAUGACCGUGAACUUGAUGUGUGCGUGGACGGCGAAUGUCAGCCGGUGGGUUGUGAUAUGAUGCUGGGCUCGAAUGCAAAGGAGGACAAGUGCCGCAAAUGCGGUGGAGAUGGCAGCACGUGCCACACGAUAGCGAAUACUUUCACUGCCAACAACUAUCCAGUUGGAUACAAUGACAUCGUACUCAUUCCCGAUGGCGCCACCAAUAUACGCGUGCAGGAGACGGCACCCUCGAACAACUAUUUGGCCUGCCGCAACUCAUCCGGACAUUACUACUUGAACGGAAAUUGGCGCAUUGAUUUCCCGCGCCCAAUGUUCUACGCGGGCUGCUGGUGGAAUUAUCAAAGAAAGCCGGCAGGUUUUGCCGCACCCGACCAACUGACGUGCAGUGGACCGACAACGGAGUCAAUUACAAUCAUGAUGUUGGUGCAAGAUAAGAAUGUGAGCAUAGAUUAUGAGUACAGCAUACCAGAAACGAUACACAAUGCACCGCCAGUGGAGUACUCGUGGACACACAUGGAAUUCGAGCCGUGCAGUGUGCCCUGCGGCGGCGGUACACAGUCUCGUACGGUGACCUGCAACAACCGCAUGACUCUCGAAGAGGUUGAUCCCAAUUUGUGUGAUGCCAGCGCUAAGCCCGAAGAGGAGCAAGCAUGUGGCGAAAGCCCUUGCGCACCCCACUGGGUCGAAGGUGAGUGGGGAAAAUGCUCGAAGGGCUGCGGAGCCGAUGGUGUUCAGAAUAGGACAGUUAGCUGUGAACGUAUCUCGCCAAAUGGUGACCGCACAGCAGAAGAAGACUCAGUUUGCCUGAAGGAAGUGGGCAAUAAACCAGCCACACAACAAGAGUGCAAUAGAGAUGUGAAGAACUGCCCUAAAUAUCACUUGGGACCUUGGGCGCCGUGCGACAAAUUGUGCGGCGAAGGUAAGCAGAAGCGGAAAGUGACUUGCUAUAUUGAAGAGAACGGCCGUAAGCGUGUACUGCCCGAAGAAGACUGUGUGGAAGAGAAACCACCCACUGAGAAAGAAUGCAUGUUGGCUCCUUGCGAGGGUGUGGAUUGGAUUAUUUCCGAAUGGAGUGGGUGCGACGAAUGCGGACAAAAGACGGAAACACGCACUGCCAUUUGCGCAACCAAAUCAGGCAAAAUUUAUCCUGAAGAAUUCUGUGCGCCCGAAGUACCUGCACUGUCGCGGCCAUGCGAAUCGUCGAAAUGUAAGCCAAAAUGGUUCACCUCGGAAUGGAGUACGUGCUCUGCCGCGUGUGGCAAGGGCGUACAAUCCCGUAUCGUUAUAUGUGGAGAGUUCGAUGGUAAAAGUAUAAAACCUGCUGAAGACUCCAAAUGUGAAGCCACAGCGAAGCCAGAAAGUGAGCAAGAGUGUGAAGGCGAAGAAAAGGAGUGCCCUGGUCAGUGGUUUACUGGACCUUGGGAGCCAUGUAGUAAACCAUGCGGCGGCGGCGAACGUAAGCGUGAAGUUUUGUGCUUAGCAAAUGGCACAAAGUCGCUCAACUGCGAUGAAUCUAAAAUUGAAUCGCUUUCUGAAAAGUGCAAUACACAAGCCUGUACUGAGGAUGAACUUCUACCAGUUGAUGGUACGGCGGCGCCGAUAGCGGAAGAUGCGAGCGAGGAAGAAGAGUGUGACGAGGAUGAUGAGGGAUUGGAUUUGGAAACAAAGGAGGACCUGAAGAUCUCCGACGGCAUUGAGUUGGAUGAAGAGGCUACUACUUUGUCAUCACUGAUUACUGAUGAACUAAUGCUAAGCGAUUCACCGUCUACAGGAGAAUCGAGUGAAGUUACUUCUACAGACAUUCCAUAUAGUACCGUUGAGGGAUCUGGCGAAGAAACGGAUAUCACUGAGGAAACUACACUUGUGAGCGAAGGAAGUGGUGAUGAAUCCAGUGCGACUACCGGAAUUUCGGAUACCACUGAAUCUGGUUCAACUGAGGUAUCUUCAUCUGAGCAAACGCCCGAGGGAUCAUCUGUUGAAACAAGUGCGUCGCCUGUAUCUACAGAUUCAACUGAAACUUCACAAUCACCAGAAUCUACCGAAUCCACUGAGCCGGGUACUACCGAUGUUUCCACAUCUACCGAUAUUACUGAGACUACGGAGUCUCCUCAGUCGACAGAGUCAUCUGCAUCACCCGAGUCGACAGAAUCGCCUGCAUCGGAAGCAACCGAUGGGUCUAGCUCAACGGAAGUUUCAGCUUCAACUGACUCUACCGGAUCUCCCGAAUCGACAGAAUCCUCAGCUUCACCUGAAACUACGGAAUCACCUGUUUCCACUGAGUCUACAGUUAGUUCUUCAGACGUCACCGGUUUGUCUGAGUCGACCACGGAAUCAAGUGAUACGACAGGAUCUUCAGAAUCCACCGAAUCGUUGGCCACAGAUUCCACGCAAUCGACAGAUUCUACGGAGUCUGUGUCUACUGACACGACUGACUCAACUGAGUCUACCUCUACUGACACUACAGAGACUACCUCCACUGACACUACAGAGUCUACCUCUACUGACACUACAGAGUCAACAGUUUCUUCAUCCACAGACAUAACAGAAUCAACUAGCGAACAUUCCACGGAAUCAACCGACUCUACAGAAUCGUCAGUGUCAGCUGAUUCUACAACAGGCUCCCCUCUAUCUACAGACUCAACAGAAAGUACGACUGAUUCCUCGGAAACAACUGAUACUACUACCGAUGUUUCAACUGACUCCACAGUUACUGGAUCGGAUGUCACCACAGAUUCAACUGGUUCUGAAGCGACAGAUUCCUCAUCAGACAUUUCCGAUAUUACAGAAACAACUGACGCCAGCUCAGAUUCCUCUCUUAGUACCACUGAUUCUGGUAUAUCGGAAACCACAGAUGACACGGAUUCAACAGUAACCGCCGAAAGUGACGAAACCACAGUGUCCUCGAGUGACGUUACCGAAACCUCGGGAUCUACCGAUGUUUCAGAAUCAACCACUCUGGGCUUAACUGAGGAAAGCACAACUGAGGGAUCGACUGAGUCAACAACGGAAGGAGUAUCAUCUGAGUCAACAUCCGAAAUUAGUUCAACAGAAGCAUCUACUUUCAGUACUGAGACUAGUGAAAGUACAGAAUCUUCAUCGUCAACUGAUGUAUCGGAAACUACAGAAAUUGGAUCAACUGAAAGCACUGAGACUACAGAAAGUAGUCCCACUGAAAGCACAGAAACUACAGAGAGUGGGGCCACUGAUGAAACGACCAUCGAAGGAUCAGGUUCAACGGUUGAUAUUUGGUCUACUACAGAAGAAGGUGAAGAUAGCACGCCUUACACGCUUGAAGCACUUCUCACCAAAUCUCCUAAGCAAAAGAAAUGUAAGGCCAAGAAGGAUUGCAGAAAAGCAACAUAUGGUUGCUGUCCGGAUAAGAAAACGCCAGCCAAGGGUCCAUUCGAUGAGGGUUGUCCUAUUGUUAAGACCUGCGCUGAAACCAAGUACGGAUGUUGCUCGGACGGUGUUUCACCAGCCGAUGGCGCCAACAACGAAGGCUGUCCCAAAUCACUGUGCGCUGAGACAUUGUUCGGAUGUUGCCCAGACAACUACACGCCCGCUGAGGGAGAGGACAAUGAAGGCUGUCCUGAAACGACGACUGCACCACCAACUACGACUGUUGAAGAGGUUACAGAGGGAUCUGGAGAAACAACCGAAACACCGGAAAGUACAAUAUCACCAGAAAGCACAGAAAUUCCAGAAAGCACUAUUGAGCCAGAAAGAGAGGUGGUCAAAUCGUGCUCCUUCGGAGAAUUCGGUUGCUGUCCAGAUGGCACCACCGAAGCUAAAGGCAAAGAUUUCGCAGGUUGUGAACCAGCAGCACCAGAUACCAGAUCGUGUGCACAAACACCAAAUGGUUGCUGUCCAGAUGGUCGCUCUGCUGCUGCAGGCCCUAAUUACGAGGGUUGUGCCCCAUGCACACAAGAGCCAUUCGGUUGUUGUCCAGACAAUCAGACCCCUGCUCACGGACCACUGGGUGAGGGUUGUUGUCUGAACGCGCCAUAUGGUUGUUGCCCGGACAAUAUUAACGCUGCACGUGGACCAAACUUUGAGGACUGCGACUGCAAGUACACACCAUAUGGAUGCUGUCCCGAUCAGAAGACGGCAGCACGUGGACCCGACAGUGAAGGCUGUGAUUGUGAGAAAACGCCCCACGGUUGUUGCCCAGAUAAAAUCACGCCUGCAAGUGGACCGAAAUUUGAGGGAUGCGCAUGCCAUACGCUACAAUUCGGUUGCUGUCCCGAUGGCCUUACAAUUGCACAGGGACCACACCACUAUGGCUGCCACUGCUCACAAACCGAAUUCAAAUGUUGCCCCGAUGAGAAAACGCCUGCCAAGGGACCGAAUGGUGAGGGCUGUACUUGUUUGGAGAGCAAAUAUGGCUGCUGUCCUGAUGGUGUUACAGCGGCGGAAGGUGAGAAAUUCGAAGGCUGCGCAUCGGUUAAGGAACCGCCACAAAAGGCAUGCGGUCUGCCAAAGGUUACUGGACCAUGUGGUAACUUCAGCAUCAAGUACUUCUUUGACACUUCGUAUGGCGCAUGCGCACGCUUCUGGUAUGGAGGUUGUGAAGGUAAUAAUAAUCGAUUCGAAACCGAAGGUGACUGCAAGGCCACCUGCCAAGAGUAUAGCGGCAAAGAGGCUUGUUUCUUGCCCAAAAGCUCAGGGCCAUGCACGGGCUACAACAAAAAGUGGUACUUUGAUUCGGAACGCAACCGUUGCGAGGAAUUCAAUUACGGAGGCUGCUAUGGCACCUCGAAUCGAUUCGAUAGUUUGGCCGAAUGUCAGGCACUCUGCGCCAUUGAUGAAACUACACCACCCUGCGACCAACCCAUGGAGGCCGGUCCCUGCGAGGGCAACUUUGAGCGUUGGUACUAUGACAACCAGACAGAUGUGUGCCGUCCAUUCCGCUAUGGUGGCUGCAAGGGCAACAAGAACAACUACCCAACCGAACAUGCCUGCAGCUAUCACUGCCGACAGCCGGGCGUACACAAAGAUUAUUGCUCGCUUCCUAAGCAACCCGGUGAUUGCAGUGAACAACACGCGCGCUGGCACUACUCGGAUGCGGACAAGAAGUGCAUGCCCUUCUACUACACAGGUUGUGGAGGCAACAAAAAUAAUUUCCCAUCCCAGGAGUCGUGCGAGGAUCAUUGUCCCAAGGAAGUUGCCAAGGACACUUGCGAGAUACCAGCCGAGGUUGGCGCUUGCACAGAUUAUACUGCCAUGUGGUAUUACGACACCAAGGACGAGCGUUGUCGUCAAUUCUACUACGGCGGCUGCGGCGGUAACGACAACAAGUUCCCCACCGAAGAAGCUUGUCUGCAACGUUGCGAGAAGAAACCUGAGCCCGAAGCUGAACCAGAACCAGAACCCGCACCGGCACCAGCGCCCACCUCGAAGGAGGUCUGUCAGUACAGCGCAGAUGCCGGUGACUGCCGUGCCUUCAUACUGCAGUGGUACUAUGAUGGAGAAGCCAAAGCCUGUCGUCAAUUCUACUACGGCGGCUGCGGUGGCAAUGCAAAUCGCUUCAAUUCUCAGGAUGAGUGUAAUCAACUCUGCGCCAUACAAUCUCCCCCUGCUGCGCCUGCUCCUGAGCGCCAGCCAGCGCCACAGCCUGCACCAGCGCCAGUAACUGCGAAUGUUUGUGAAACUGCAUCGGAUCCGGGCGACUGCGAUAACUAUGAGUUGAAAUGGUAUUACGAGAAAGACGAGGGUCGUUGCACACAAUUCUACUAUGGCGGCUGCGGCGGCAAUGAAAAUCGUUUUGAGACCGAAGAAGCCUGUAAUGCACGCUGCGUGUCACCACUGCCAGAUGUUAAUGUGCGCUUUGGCGAAGAGGAGCCGGCACCAGCGCCAGCACCUGUGCCGGAUUCGCGCGAAGACAGGGGUUGUACGCUACAGCCUGAUUAUGGCCGCUGCUCCGACAACAAUCAGACACGUUGGUACUACAAUUACGCCGACGGGCUGUGUGACGAAUUCGUUUAUGGCGGCUGCGCAGGUAACCAGAAUAACUUUAGGAGUGAGGAAGAAUGUCAGGAUCAAUGCUUUGAGGUGCAAACGACCUGCUCACUGCCACCACUGCCGGGUAGAUGUAACGAACAUAUUGUACGCUGGUACUACGACGAGCGCGAUAAGCGCUGCUACGAAUUCGAGUUCACCGGUUGUCGCGGUAAUAGAAACAACUUCGUUACGGAGUCGGAAUGCCUGCAAUGGUGCGGUAAUGAGACACCUCAACAGCCACAGCCAGGAACAUCGGCGCCGGUCUACUCGGUUUGUGAUCUGCCUGUGGAGCACGGUGAUUGCGACAACAGCACUGCGGCAUGGUUCUACGAUGGCGAGUCGAUGGCUUGCACAGCCUUCUCGUAUUCGGGUUGUGGCGGCAAUGGAAAUCGCUUCGAAUCGAAGGAGCAAUGCGAUCGCCAGUGCGGCGAUUUCAAGGGAGUCGAUGUGUGCAAUGAACCAGUGGAAACUGGUCCAUGCCGUCAGUGGCAGACUCGUUUCUAUUACAAUAACGCGUCGCGCACCUGUGAACCAUUCACUUAUGGCGGUUGCGAAGGUACCGGCAAUCGUUUCGGCGAACGCGCAGAGUGCGAAUCAGUUUGCAUUUUAGGUCAAGAACCAAAGACGCGCGCACCUAAAGAUAUUUGUAAGCUGCCGGUACAGAUUGGAAGUUGCAACGGUACGACGGCCUACGAACGCCGAUACUACUAUGACGACGAGCGCGGCACCUGUGUAUCCUUCAUUUAUUCGGGUUGCGCUGGCAACCAGAACAAUUUCCGUACAUACGAAGCUUGCUUUGACUACUGUGCAAGAACCGAAAAUACGCCCGAAGCCAACGAGAAUGAAGUCGAACCCAACCCAUGCGACACCUAUGAGCAUGAAUGUCGUGCGCUGCGCUGUACAUUCGGUUCACGCCGUGUUCCGGUGGAGAAUAGUGAUUGUACGCGCUGCGUUUGCGAGAAUCCUUGCGAGCGUCACGAAUGCCCCGAAGGCCAGCAAUGCGCUGUCGACGUGUCAAGCGAUGCAUCCAGACAAUUCAUGCCCGUCUGCCGCGAAACCAACAAGACGGGCGAGUGCCCACAUCUCAGUCAGCCAGAAGAGGAAAACUGCGGUCGCGAAUGUUACACCGAUGCGGACUGUCGUGAAGACAACAAGUGUUGCAGCAAUGGUUGUGGCUUUGUUUGCGUGCGCCCAACGCAGCCAACAUCCCGUCCACGGCCCCCCACUACACCUGCGCCAGCUGUCAUCUACCCAGGUGAUGUACAGGUUGCACUGGAACCCAAGAAACCGCAAGAGGUUGAUGUGCAGGCCGCCGUUGGCGGAAUCGCUGUGUUGCGUUGCUUCGCUACUGGCAGUCCACCACCGAAUGUUACAUGGUCGCGCAGCAAUGUGCUGAUCGACACCAAUCAGGGACGAUAUGUUCUGACUGCCGCCGGUGAUUUGACGAUUGUGCAGGUACGUCAGACGGACAGCGGCUCGUACGUGUGUGUAGCGUCCAAUGGCCUAGGCGAUCCAGUGAGUCGCGCAGUGCAGCUGGCAGUGACAGAGCCAAAAGAGAUACCCGCUUACGUUUAUGGCGAAAAGAAUGCGACACAAAUUGUUAGCUUGAAUCGACCAGCGCAGGUGCGUUGUCCGGCUGGUGGUCAUCCUGCGCCGCAUGUCAGUUGGUGGCGUAAUCGCAAACGUUUGGGCUUGAUAAGUGAUCGCUUCGAGUUGACGCGCGACUAUUCGCUAAUGUUCCGUUCCAUACAAUUGACGGAUCUCGGUCCGUAUACUUGUGAAGUUUGGAAUGGUUUAGGUCGUCCGACGUCCAUGAAAGUCGUGCUAAAGGCAGUGGGGCCAGCACGCGCCGUGACGAACGAUGAAGCGCCCUAUCUGCAAUAUAUCAUAGAUCCAGCACGCGCGCCAGUCACUCAACGACCCUCGUAUCCAUACCGCCCACAACGACCACAGCCACCACCGCCACCAGUGUAUGUCGCACCACCGCGCCGACCCCAAACGAUGACCGCGCAAGCUGUGCUUGCAUUGGAUCCCAGAAACACCUAUAGCCCGGGCGCGUCCAUUGCGAUGCAGUGCUCGGUGCAAGGCUACCCCGCACCGAAUGUGACCUGGACAAAGGACUCGAUACCGCUGCAGGCGGACGAACGCAUACAAAUUACAGUUGAGCCACAUACGCUGGUGAUAAACAAUGCCACACCCGAGGACACUGGCAUGUAUGGUUGCACGGCGAGAAACUCCGUGAGUUAUAACACCAGCGAAGAGCGCGUCACCAUUGAGUCCACGAUACCGAUCCAUCCGGAUUGCGUAGAUAAUCCAUACUUUGCGAAGUGUGAGCUGAUUGUCAGCGGUCGCUACUGUGGUCAUCGGUACUACGCUAAGUUCUGUUGCCGAUCAUGUACGCUAGCUGGCCAAAUAACGUAUCCACAUCCGAAUGCCGUGUAGAUAGAAGGCUACCUGAGUGAAUAUUUAAGCGGUCUAGAGCGUGCUUGAUGCUUUACUCUACGAACAUGUAUUUUUUAGCUGUCUUUUUGGCGACAGCGUUUGUGCACAAAUCAGUUAAAAUUCCAAAAGAAAAAAAAAAGAAAAAUAAUUAACAGUACUAUUAACAUUUAAUCGACGCACAAAUUUAGCAAACUAGUACUUUCCGCUCUAAAAUUAGGUAUUAAAAAAAAAUAAAAAUAAAAAAUUGAAAUGAUUUUCACACUUUACACGCACACUUUUAGCUGACUCAGCUCGAUCAAAACGAGCUGCAAGUUUUCAGCUAUCCUCAGCUUAAUCACAACAACAGCAACAGCUUCAAAGUUUUUCGCUCAUGUCAACACAUACACAAACACACGCACAAAAAAUGCAAAUACUAAGAAGAAGAAUAGCUUUUAUACAUAUACAACUACAUACAUACAUAAAUUUAUAAAAUAGAAUUUUAGUUUUUAAUUUGUUCCUAUUUAUUGUGUCCGUUUGUCCGGUUCGGAUAAGGCAAACACAUGCAUGCAUACUACAUACCGAAUAACUGUAAAUAUGUGUGCCUAUUUAGAAAUCGAAGGUCACACGCACACACACUUACACACACACAAACCAAUGUACUAAUACUCAUAUAAAACGAUCAAGAAGGAUUUUACUCAUAGACGAUUUUCUGAGUUACCUUUUUGAAAUUAAUUUUAAUUUAAACGAUAUGUUUUGUAAUUACAAAGUGCCUUACGAUU